GGACAUGAUGUUGGGAGCUGAAGCGGAGCUGAUCGAGAACCGACCAGCUAACCUGCGCUUCUGUGCGGGAGUACCUGUCAAGAGUCACGUGACUGUCAAACUGGACGAUGGAGACGGCAGUUUUGUAGUGUGUGAUAUGCGAACAAGCCUGGUUCUGAAACCUGCUAACAUUCAGUCUCAGUGGGCAGCCAUUAACUUCCUUUCCGGCUCCCUACAAAACGCUCUUGAUAACAACUUCUUCCUCUACGGCAAGAGUCACAAAUGGUGCUCCUUUUAUACCAACCAGAAUGACAUGGGCAGUGCAAGUAACUGGAACUUAUCCAGUUUUAGGAAAACACCAAGAAAGAGCAUCAUGGAGAUAUUUGACAAGAGGGCUGCGUUUGAUAAUCAGAAAUCCCCGAUCGGUUUCACUAAAAACCUCCUCGAUGUUGAACCUUCAGCAAGGGAGCUGCCGAUUGCUUCUCUGGACGAGUUGUCUCGGUUGAUUGUCCUGACGAUAAGGAGUGUUAUGUACAAUAUAGACCUCGAUGAAGCCAGCUGUAAAUCGAUCAGAACACAAGUGGAAAAAGAUAUGGGAAUGAGCCUGAAUCAUUACAAGAAUUUUAUCGAAGAGAAAAUCCUGAUGACACUCGGUCAGAUGGACGAACCGUCUCUAAUUAAAGACUACCUUUACCUUGGAUCGGAAUGGAACGCGUGUAACUACGAGGAACUGGUUGAGAACGGCAUAACUCACAUUCUCAACGUUACCUCAGAGAUAGAUUCUCCUUUCGAGUCUUCAUUCGACUAUCUUAGGAUCGAAGUGUUGGACGUGCCGAAGUCUAAUCUUUUGGAACACUGGGAAAAUACUCAUAAGUACAUUAAGAAUUGCCGGGACUCCAAAGGCAAGGUGUUAGUACACUGUCAGAUGGGCAUUAGCAGAUCAGGGUCCACCACUAUGUCCUACUUAAUGAGAGAAUACGACAUGUCGCUCUCAGACGCCUCUUCCUUCGUGAAGCAUCGCAGGUCUUGUGUCAAACCUAAUUGGGGUUUUCAAAAACAGUUAGAGCUCUAUCAGAAAACCAUCACAGAGUAUCACAAUGAUGAGCAGACAUUGAAUCAAAUCCUGGAUUCUGCUGAUAUAAAUGAACUUUAUGCGGCUGGUGGUGAAGUAGGGUAGAAUUCAGUAUUUUUAAGAGCUCCUUGUCAGCUUUCGGUCAGAUUAGUUUACGCUAGUGAAAAUGAGGUACGAUAAAAAUAAGUAAAGAGCAUCUAUCGAUAGUCGAUGUAUAUUGUAUGAAGAAUACUGAAGAGUAAGUGAUGGAGAUCAAAUAAUUUUGAUGGAUUCCAUGAUUAUCAAAACUGAGGCAGAAUCGAACUUGCAAAUUUAUGCAGUUUUUAAUUAAGAUUUUUGAGUUUUUCAAUUUGUUGAUAAACGACACGUCCUUAUAAAUAUAUUUUAAUUCGAUUCGUCAGAUUUGAUAGAAUCAUACAAAUAUUAAGGGGUUUAUAAUGAUUUAAAGCUUGUAAAGAUAACCUUAAAUUUUUUGAAGUUUUUACCUUGUAAUUGUAUUCAGUAAACAUUCGGCGAUUUCAUUCAUCGUUGUUUGUGAACUCAUGAUAUCAGUCAAAAUCAGAAUUCCUG